AUGGCGGGAGGUGGAAAAAAUGGGGGAAGCGUGCUCUUCCGCCCCGCUGGCAGCAUGAGAAGUCGAGGUCGGUCCCUCGACAGGAGGCAAGGCGACAGAUUCAGGGUCGGGAACGACUCAAUGCUAGCCAAGCGCACCGUCAAGAAAAGGUGCAACAACUUUGUAAUUAUGUCCAUGAUUGUUGCCAUUAACGAGGAAGCUAUGGAUAUAGGUGCUGCAGCCUUCACAACAUCUCUGAAUUUUCUGUCAAACACUUUAUUCUCAGUUAAUUUGGCUGAUUAUGAAUCACAUGCAUCUCAAGAGCUGAAAGAAAUUGUAUCUGGUGUGGUGGAUACCAUAGCCAAACCAAAUCUUUCUGACUUCUUUCCCGUGCUCCGAGCGAUUGAUCCACAGGGUAUUAGGCGUAGGACCAACUUUUACUUUGGAAAAUUGCUUCAAAAAUUCGAUGAGAUUAUUGGUCAAAGGUUACAAGAAAGAGGGAAAUCCCCUGCUUAUUUGUGGAGAAAUGACUUGUUAGAAGUUUUACUUGAUAUCACUCAGCAGCAAAUAAGAUAA